UAAUUGAAGGAAAUAGUGAGUCUAAUCAAAUGUCUGAAAAUAAUAUAUUAGAAAAUUAUAAUAUUAGUGAAGAAAUUUAUAGUGAUAAUAGUGAACUUGGUGAUACUAAUAGUGCAGAAUUUCCAAAUACUGCAUAUAAAGAUUUUAUAGAUAUA